AUUUAGGAAGUCAUUGGAUUAUCAACGCAAGAUUGGUAGUUGGUCGUCGCCGUGACAAACGUGCAAAAAACUCAGUGUAUUCACCCUUUUCUACGACGUUAAAACUGCAACAUGGUUAUAUGCACUACUGUAAGCUAGCAUAGUACACGCAUACGUCGUAAUUUCUGGAUUUUCUUGGCCCCAAACGGUGUUUUCUAGAGUGAAUUUCUCGGAGGUGUAGUUCCCUGGUUGGACACGCCGACCAGCCAGCAUUAUCAGGUAGAUCGCCCACGAAGUUUUCUUGAAGGAGGUCGGCCGUGCGUGACAACGGCUCAACCACCACGACGUACGACUCAACGAGCCCUGCCUUUCAUGCCUUACUACCGGUAGCUUGCUGAGUCGUAAACCACAAUAGAACCUUUCUGCAAGAAUUUGGAGUUCAUUCUUUGUUGGGCUGAUUGUUACUGGAGAGCAGAAUUCUGGACAGGGAGAGGUAUUGACCAACCCAGCCUCACAAUGAUAGACAGGUACUGGUUGACCCUUGCCCUACUGGGUGUGCUCUGGGUGGCUGCUGUCGGCAACAUCAUUGGUUGCAAUGAGCACAGAUGUGCCUCGGAAGUCAGCAAGUGUCAACUGAUUGGAUCUUGUGGUUGCAGUUACGAUGCUGACAACUGUACGUGCUGUUUGGAUUGUUCCCGCUGCUUGGGCGAUUCCUGGGAAGAAUGUUGCCCUUGCACAGGUUUGUGUCGUGCUCUCGGUCAAGAUCCCAUCCCUCCUUGGCGUCUGAGUACCCUUCUUGAUCUAGAUUCUUUCCCGUCACUCUUCAAUGCCUUGACUGGCCUGGAGGCAUCCCAGGAAACCAAUAUGAGAUGGGCAGCCUUCCCCCUGACCUUAAAGGAUCAAGGAAUCAUAGUUGUUCCCACUACAGAUAUGCCAACAGUGUAUGAGGAAGAAUCACCUACUUUGGCUGCUGUUAGCAACUCCUCAAUGUCAAAUGAGUGUAUCGUUGCCUACAUGCAUGACUGUAACUCCUUAGAGAAGUGUCAGACUACAUGUAGCUCCAUGGGGGCAGCCAAGCAACGUUGGUUCCACAAUGGUUGCUGUGAGUGCAUCGGCGAGGGUUGUCUGAGCUACGGCAAGAAUGAAGCAUUGUGUAAAGAAUGUGCGGCUGGUGAUUACUAAGGAUCAGAAUACUGGCAUGAAGAGUGAAGUAUUUAUUGAGGAGAUAGGAAUGAUUCUUGAGCUACAGUGGCAUAUUUUGGCAGAAGUUUGUUGACCAGUCUGAGCUCUAAAAGUUGUAAAUGAGCUCUGACCAUUAAGAGUGUGAAACAAGUGAAGUCUUCCAGUAUUCAAACUUUGAAUAAUUUUCUCUGCAGCAUUUGUACGUUUAGAAGUGGCUGUAAUUUUAAAGGCAUUUUUAAAUGACUUGUUGACUUGGAUGUUUUUGUAUUUGUCUCAGAAAAUUUCAAGAGGUUUUCCUAAAUUUUCUGCUUAUUUAUUUUGAAGUAUGAGAUCAAAAUCAUUUUGUACCUAUUUACACCCAAAGAUUCAGCAAGAAAGACAUGUAAUUUCACACCAUGGUUGUAACAUUGUUGAUCAUAAUCCUGAGUUUGUUUGGCUAGUUUCACGUAUCUAACAAAUUUAAUUUUAAUUUUUUAAACAUGUGCAGUGUAUGUGAUGUGCAAGAAUGGGAGACAGGCUUCCAGACUACUGACUGGUUGGGGAAGGAGCAAAAUGUCUUUGAGAAGGUUUCAAAUUUUUGGAGACAAUUUUGAAUACUUGAAAAUGACAGGUUUAUGGAUGCUCACGUACUGUAUUUGAAACACUAACUCUGUAAAUGAGAUAGUGGUGGCCUAUAAAAGGAUGUAUCUUUGUGAUUGGCAGGUGGGUGGGAGGGGCAGGUAGUUAUACAUGUAAGGGUACUGUACCCCACUCACACAUGCCCAGGUAGGUCAGGCUACCCAAUCUGCUGACUAGUCUGUGUGGUUGAUUUCCAUGUGGUCUUCUGAGCUCUUUGUAAUGCAUACCUGUAAAAUGAUCUGUCUUGUCAAUUACAAAUCAGCCAUGAAUACUUGGAGGGUAAUGUUUGCAUGGUAAGGUUCCCACAGAGUUGAAUGUUGCUAAUGCUGGUACAUACAUUAUAAUAAUCUGAGCAAGUGAAAGGCUCAGAUGCAAACGCAAAGUCGUCAGGGUUAUGGUCAACUUGCUGUAAUUUGCUUAUUUAUAUCAGAAGUAUACCAUAUUUUAAACUGAAGCUCUGUGUGCUUACUUAUAAGCUAUUGUAUCAGUGUUGUACAUUAGAGCCAAUAUUCAUGUAACUGCAUAUUGAAUGGCUAGUAGGAACAUUGUGUCACAUUGUAACCGAAGACAUAGUUCCUAGCUUCACAUACAGGUGCAUGGGUGUGUGUGCUUACAGGUGCAUGGUUGUGUGUGCAUACAGGUGCAUGGGUGUGUGUGCUUACAGCUUUCUGUUGCUUUCUAGAUUCUGAGUGGAUUCUGUCCUUGUUCUUUGCCUUUGUCUGUUGCGCUAACUUGGUGUCAGUCUCUGCAAAUGGGAUAGAGGUUGUGAACAGAAUGUUGAAGAUGUAUCACUGUGCCAUAAAAUUGAGGUAUCAGUUUGUUCCAAUUUGUGAUUUUAUGAGAUACCGGUACAUAGGGUUACCAUAAAUGAUAGCCAUGAUCUGUAUUUAUGUCUAAUGAUUUGAUUCUAGCCAAAAUGCAUUUAAUUUUUGUUAUUUCAAGCACAUUAACAUUAGUGUAUUCUACAACAUAAAUAACCUUUUUCAUCAUUUACCAGGUGAACAGAGGGUUUAAAUGCAUGGGAUUUUAAUAAGUUAAAUGUGAAUUCAUGUAUCUGGUACAUCGAUGUACAUGUAUUCUGACAUUGAUAUUUGUAAUAAAUGCUAUGUAUGGACGAUA